AUGAUCCUAAUUCUCUCGCCCAGUGUGGCUCCGUCACUUUCAAAUCUCCGAUUGCUUUCGCGGUGGACUCGAUUCGUGAUUCCCGAAGCUCAUCAUCCACAAGGCACUGUCACGCAAUGGCAUCUGAUUCGAAAGCUACGCGAGGAGAGAUCGUCUUCGAGAUUGAUGAAAAAGCACGAACAUUGUGGGAGAAAGAGCAAGUAUUCAAGGCUGAAUCUCGUAAGGAUCUCCAAAACCAGAGAGAAGUUCUUCUCGACCUUCCCUUUCCCGUAUAUGAAUGGUUAUCUACACAUUGGGCAUGCCUUCUCACUUUCCAAGAUCGAUUUUGCUUCUGCUUAUCAUAGACUAAGAGGCGCUAACGUGCUCCUUCCAUUUGGCUUCCACUGUCUGGAAUGCCAAUUAAGGCUUCUGCGGACAAGCUUGCUCGUGAGAUCGAGUAUGGAAACCCUCCUAAAGACGACACACCAAACAAGCUCCAGAAGUGAUAGAGAUAGUGAUACACCAGCUUUGCCGGGUCAGUUCAAGGGAAAGAAGUCAAAGGUAGCUGCGAAAUCCGGUGGACAGGCGUAUGGAUUAGGUUGUGAUUGGAGACGGUCGUUCGUGACCACUGAUGUUAAUCCGUUUUUCGAUGCCUUCGUGAGGUGGCAGAUGAGGAAGUUGAAAUCUAUGGGGAAGAUUGUGAAAGACCGUAGUGAAGCCGUUUCCUCUGAAGCUGGUCCUUUGGAAGGAAAGAGAGUGUUUUUGGCUGCAGCUACUUUGAGGCCUGAGACCAUGUAUGGGCAAACAAACGCAUGGGUGUUGCCUGAUGGGAAGUAUGGAGCUUAUGAAAUCAAUGAAACUGAUGUCUUCAUCCUUACUGAGAGGUCUCCUCUGGCAGUGAACGAGAUCAUCUAUGCUCUGCCCAUGUUAACCAUUCUGACCAACAAGGGUACUGGCAUUGUCACCAGCGUGCCUAGUGAUGCCCCUGAUGAUUACAUGGCUUUGCAUGAUCUAAUGCAAAGCCUGCUCUUCGAGCAAAGUUUGGUGUGA